UGUAAUUUAUUUCUGUUUGAUAAGCAGCGUACUUUGACCUGUAAGAUGCUAUCAAAUUCCAUUUGCAGAAAUUAUGAGUUCUAUUAUCUUUUAACCAUCUUAUGAUAAUUUUCUUUUAUAAAUAUAUAGCUUCCCCCACCUGAUUUGAAAUAUCGUUACUUGCAAAUAUAAUAUUCCUUAAAUUUUUUUAGUUUGUUUUAUUUCCUAUUUCUUAUUUCAAUUAUCAUUCAUUCAUAGAAUUAUAGAAAUAUUAUAUUAUGUCGUUUAAUAAAAAAGAUAUAGAAUUAAAUCCUAUAGUAUCAGAACUAAAGAAUGCUUCAGCAGACGGUUCUGAUACUAAUUCUUCAACUACUGUUGUCUCAGAAUUAUCUGGAUGGGAAAAGUUUAAAGACAGUUUCAGAAGACAAAAUAGAAGUGAUGUCGAUGCUGGUAAACAAUUAGCCAAAGGUAUUAGUCAUCGUCAUUUGAUUUUAAUGGCUCUUGUCACCGGUGUUGGUACUGGUCUUUUAGUUGGUUCUGGUCGUGUUCUUCAUACAGCCGGUCCUUUGUUCCUUAUCGUUGGUUAUGCUAUCGUUGGUUCUUUCUUAUAUCCAACUUUACAAGCUGCUGGUGAAAUGGCUGUUAAUUACAGUGAUCUUUCUGGUGGUUAUAAUAAUUACCCUCGUAAAUUUAUUGAUGAAUCUUUAGCUUUUGCUAUCACAUGGAAUUAUUGUAUUCAAUGGCUUUCUGUCAUUGCUAUUGAAUUAGUUACUGCUGCUAUGACCAUUCAAUAUUGGACUACUAGUAUUAAUCCAGAUGUUUGGGUUACCAUUUUUUACAUUGUCAUUGUUUUCAUUAACUUUUAUGGGGCAAAAGGUUACGGUGAAGGUGAAUUCAUUUUAGGUUCUUGUAAACUUUUAAUGAUCACUGGUUUCAUAAUCAUGGGUAUAGUCAUUAACGUUGGUGGAGGUCCAGAAAAGCAAUUUAUCGGUGGAAAAUACUGGCACGAUCCUGGUUUCCACACCAACUUUAAGGGUCUUUGUUCUGUCUUCGUUACUGGUGCCUUUAGUCUUGGUCAGAGUGAGUUCGUAGCAUUGAGUGCUGCUGAACAGAGAAAUCCAAGAAGAGCUAUUCCUAAUGCUUGUAAGUUGAUCUUCUGGAGAAUUGUUAUUUUAUUUUUAGGUUCAUUAACUAUUGUUGGUUUAUUGGUUCCAUACACUUCUGAUAGACUUAUGGGUUCUCACGGUGGUGGUUCUCAUGCAUCUCCAUUUGUUUUAGCUGCAGAACUUCAUGGUGUCAAGUCUUGUGCUUCAAUUAUCAAUGCUGUAAUUUUAUUAUCUGUUACAUCUGUUGCAUCAUCUUCAUUAUAUUCUGCUUCAAGAACUUUACAAUCAUUAUCUGAACAACAUUUUGCUCCUACAUACUUUAACUAUAUUGAUAAAGCAGGUAGACCAUUGAGAUCCUUGAUUGUCUGUACAAUUAUUGGAUUAUUUUCAUUUAUUGCAGCUUUUAAAAAGCAAGAAACAGUCUUCAACUGGUUAUUAUCUAUUUCUGGUCUUUCUCAAAUUUUCACCUGGUUUGGAAUUUGUAUGUCUCACAUUAGAUUUAGAUCUGCUUUGAAGCAUAACAACAUAUCAUUAGAUUCAUUAGGUUAUGUUGCUUCUACUGGUACUUUAGGUUCUUGGUAUGCUAUUGUUUGGUACAUUCUUGUAUUAAUUGCUCAAUUCUGGUUAGCUUUAUAUCCAGUUGGUUCUGGUACGCCAAAUGCUUCCAACUUUUUCCAAAACUAUCUUGGUGCUAUUGUUUUAAUCCUUUUCUACGUUGGUCACAAGAUUUAUACCAAAAACUGGAAAUUAUUUAUUAGAGUUCAAGAUAUGGAUAUUCAAACCAAUAGAACUAUUUUUGAUGAAGAAGUAUUAAAUUUAGAAAAGGCUGAAGAAGCUGAAAGAAGAAAACAUUACUCAUUCUUUAAGAAGAUUAUAUUGAUGCUUUUCAAUUAAGCAAAGACUUCACAUUUCAUAGCAUUUGGUAUUUGUUCAUUUUAGUUCUCUGUACAAUUUACAUUAGUUAUUAUUAUUUUUUGGUUUUCUUUUUACAAUUAAUGUCUUACGUAUUUUUUAUACAAUAACUAUUCCUUCAA